GCGGCCUAGAGGGGUGUGCCGCCCCCUACUUCCGGCGCGCGCCGCCCGAGGUCAUUCUGCCCUUCGCCUGGGGUCAGUCUCUGCCGCCCGCGGAGCGAAGGCAUCGUCCAUCUCAGGAGCUCCCUGGAGCAUCAGAACUCAGAAGAAAUCUUGUUAGACACAGACCUCCAUCUUUCCACCGCUUCGGCUAGGCAGCCUCUUCAGGUUGUCUCUGCCCAGAAUGGCAGGGAAGUCUACAGCCUUGGUCUACUGUGCUCCAAAAGGGCAGGAAAGACUCACCGUGGUGAAGGUCGAAGAGGAAAACUGUGUUUGGGGGCAGGACUUUGACUGUCAGGGAAAUGCCUGUAGCCAGGAGGAUUUCCGCCAGCAGUUCAGGCAGUUUGGCUACUCUGACUCCGCGGGGCGGGAGGCACUGGGACGGCUCCGUGAGCUUUGCUGUCAGUGGCUGAGGCCCGAGGUGCUCAGCAAGGAGCAGAUCCUGGAGCUGCUGGUGCUGGAGCAGUUCCUGGCCAUCCUGCCUGAGGAGCUGCAGGCCUUGUUCCGAGAGAACCGACCAGAGAGCGGAGAGGACGCUGUGGAGAUGUUGGAGGAGCUGGAAAAGGAGCUCGAUGAGCCAAGACAACAAGACACAGCUCAUGGCCAGGGAAUGACCUGGAAGGAAAUGACAUCUGUGGGAGCACUGAAGUCACUGAGUAUCCAGCUCCAGCCCUUGGAAAAGCGAGGCAAGAAUGAGACUCAGGAGUGCCAGGCUUUCUGUGAGAGAGGUCUCAGCACUUCCCAGGUGGUCCAGUGGUGAAGAAUUCGUCUGCCAGUGCUGAGGACACGGGUUCCAUCCUUGGUCAGGGAAGAUGCCACCUGCCUCAACUAAACCCGUCCGCCACAACUGCUGCAUCCCAUGCUCCACCACAUGAGACCCACCCCAGUAAGAAGCCUGUGCGUUGCGACUAGAGAGUCGCUCCUUCUCACGGCAACUUUCUCUAAGCCUA